UAAGAAACUUGAAAUUUUGCGCAUGCAAUUUAUUGCCGGUGUGCAGCAAAGUUUCCUGUCUGGAGCAAGACCUGCCAACUCGAACUCACUCGCUUUUGCCGGGAGAUUCACAAUUCCAGCUGAUUUCUCUUGCACUCAAGACUCCCGUGCACUGAAAGAUGUGAAGCAUAUAAUUUUGGUAUUAUCUGGAAAAGGAGGAGUUGGCAAAAGCACAGUGGCAACACAGCUUUCAUUUGGACUCAUCAAAAUGGGUAAAAAGGUUGGCCUUCUUGACUUGGAUCUCUGUGGCCCAAGUAUCCCCAGAAUGAUGAACCUGAAAGGAAGGAAUGUACACCAGUGCAGUGAGGGCUGGCUGCCUGUCUAUCCAGAUGAUGCAAAACAGCUUUCUGUGAUGUCAAUAGAGUUUUUGCUGCAGUCACAAGAUGAUCCUGUUAUUUGGAGAGGCCCUAAAAAGAAUGCAAUGAUUAAACAAUUUGUAAAGGAUGUAAAUUGGCAACAGUUAGAUUAUCUCAUCAUUGAUACACCUCCAGGUACUUCCGAUGAGCACAUUUCAAUAAUUGAAGUUCUGAAAGAGUAUCAUGUUGAUGGUGCAAUCCUUGUAACAACACCACAGAAUGUUUCUACGGGUGAUGUAAGAAGGGAAAUCACUUUUUGUCGAAAAACCAAAACUAACAUUCUAGGGAUCGUGGAGAACAUGAGUGGAUUCAUUUGCCCACAUUGUUCAGAAUGUACCAACAUAUUCUCUUCCGGAGGAGGUAGAUCUUUAGCUGAACACUCUGGCGUGCCUUUUCUCGGUGAAAUUCCGAUUGAUCCAAACUUGAGUUUAUGUGGCGAGAAAGGACUGCAGUUUGACUUAGACUCGUCCCCUAGCGGUAAUGCAGUAAAAAUAAUACUUCAAAAUCUUUGUAAAAAUAUCGAAUCAACAUAGAAAGCAUACA